AUAGAAUAAAAAAAAAAGUUAUAGGUGGUAAACAUAACCUAAAAAUUACCUGUUACGUGAUUUUCAACCUAAUGUUAUUCUGAUUUAUGUAAAUAAACGUUAUCUAAUUUCUGAGUGUCUUUGCAAUUAUCCUUAUAUUUGGGAUGGCAAUCGGUUUGAAGCAUCUCAUUAGUACAUCCAUAAAAUACCCUAAAUAUACUUCUCUUCGAACAAUUAUGACUACAUCUAGCAGAUCAGAGGAAGCAUUAGAAAAUCUACAAAAGAAUCCCUACUAUGAAAAGUACGCCGAGCGUAUCGCUACCUUGCAAAAGACAUCCCCAGAAGAGUUUCUUAGAAAAGUAGAAGAACAGCAAAAAAACAAAAAUAUAGAAAGUAAAAAAAAAUUUGCAUCUGUUGAUACGAGACAAUUUUCAUCAGUCCUUAAUCCGAAAGGUGAACUUAAAAAUGAUGUGACUGCAGAAGAAAAAAAGCUAUCUGAUAUAUUCAAAGUGGAUCUAGUAAAAGACAAAGAUGCAACUGAGGUACAAAUUAUAUGGGAGGAGUACCAUAAAAAUAAGGAAGUCUUAUCUGCAACCAUUCCAAAAGAUGUUUACAGCCAAAUUCAACAGAAUAUGAAGCAAUAUCCAACAUUCUUGUUCCCAUUGCCUAGAUCUGAGGGAUAUGAAUAUAUUAUGUGCCAGAGUUAUGGACAUGCAGUUCAUUUUACACCACUACUUGCAUAUCAGGUUCAUCACGAGAAUGCACCUGAAUGCUUAACCAUGGUGCAUUAUACAGAACUGAGCGAUAAGGGCAUAGUUUUAAUGCGCGGAGACUAUGAUAAGAAUGUACUGACUGGCAAAGAAGCCCAGUGCCUGGCGAAUCAAUUUCAAAUGUAUUACAAUGGUAAAGACGAAAACAAAUAUAAAUUGCUACAAUCAUUUACUAAAACACCAGACUCCUUUAAGCAUGUGGAUUUGAUUACUGAGUUAGAAAAUAUUCAAUUAAUAUGAAUAUAAUUAAUCUUACUGAACAGAUGUAUGUAAAACCAGCUAUACUCGCAAAGUAUCAGAAUAAUUUGUGACUGAGAUAUAUCCAAAUGCUUCGAAAAGUGUUAUCCAAGUGAGGGUUAUGUAUAUUGAUGAUAACAUACCAAUAACGCCAAUUUGGUUGUACAGAAACUCCUCAACUUAACUCUACAAGUAAUGCUGUACUUUUGCUAAUGUAUUAUUUUAAAUAGGAUGAUCAUUCUAAUACAAAGGUUGUUGAAUAUAAUGUCUGCCAUUUUAUUUGAAAUGUACGAAUCAAUAGCUGACAAUCGUAAAUUAGAUAAAAAAAAAAUAACUUAGAAGAGUUUGUCCUAAAGAACUCUCACAUUUAAUAAAUGGGCUGCCUGGCAUUAACAAAGACUGUUAGUUCCGAACAUACUAUCAAACUGUUGAGGCCAGUAUAUAAGCCAGGCUUAUUACUAUUUAAAUUCUCCUAAUCCCCCUAAAAACCUUUUUAGGAUAGGUCUUCUGUACAACCAAAUUGACUUGGUGCUCUUAAAUAAAGUCACAUUACUUUUAUUGCAGUCAGAACUUAGAUUCUUAGAGAGUAUGGUUGAUCAAAUAUAUUUAAUCUCUUGUUAAAACAGUUAUUGUGAAUAUAGAAUAGUUGAAAUAAACUUAAAUAUGUUUUAU